AUGUCUACUUUCAACCUCCGCGUCGCAGGACUCUCCUGCCCUGGCUGCAUCCCCGCUGUCGUCAAAGCGCUGACACCCUUACCCCGCAUCUCUCACGUCACAGUCGCCCUGCAUGACCAGCCCGGCCGCGUCUCCACCCCCUCCGUUUACCUCCCUGCGGCUGUGGGAACAACCCCUGCAAGUGCAGCGCCGCCCGGGGAUGGUGUCGUAUUUUCGAUCGGCGGCAUGACGUGCGCCGCCUGCACGUCCAAAGUCGAGGAAGUCCUGCGGGCCAUGCCUGGCGUCAAGUCAGCGUCUGUGUCACUGCUGACGGCGCGUGCGGCACUGCAGGUGGACCAAAGUUGCUUCGACAGCGACAAGUCGUUGCACAGGUUGCAGUCGCUGGGGUAUACGGCUGCCGACGUCACACAGGAUGGUGUGCAGAGGGAUGAAGUGUCGCAGAGGAAGAAGCAGCAGCUUCCGAUCGCACAGUUUUCUUCCCACAGAAAAUUGGAUGCCGUCAGGCUUCUUGACCAGGGCAGGGAAGAGGGUGACGGUUCGGCGUACCAAGUCAUCUCCCGGAACGACCCAAUCCUGACUGGAAACGUGGAGGCGACCGCCAUGUUGCAAAAGGAGGCCCACCAUCUCCGUUGGUCCGGCUUCCGCGUCGUGGAUAUCAUCGCGUUUGUGCUUGCCACGCCAGUCCAGUUCCUCUUUGGCUUUCGCUUUUACAGAGGUUCAUGGUACUCACUGAAGCAGCGCAGGGCGAACAUGGACUUGUUGAUCGCAUUGGGGACUUCCAUAGCCUACUUCUUCAGCAUCAGGAGGGGUCUAGAAGUCACGGAGGAUGCGAUGGCAUUUGAGACAUCGUCAUUGCUGAUCACGAUUGUGCUGUUUGGGAAGUGGAUGGAGACGAUGGCCAAGAAGAAGACCACGGCAGGAGUAGAGUCACUUACCAAGCUCGCACCUCGUCUUGUUACAUUGGUGUCCAGGCCGCCUUCAUCGCAACCAAUUUACUCUGAACCGGUCAAUGCGGAGCUGGUGUCGGUGGAUGACCACUUCCAGGUCAAUCCCGGGUCAUCGUUCCCCCUGGAUGGUGCGGUGCAAGCAGGGGAAACAACGGUGGAUGAAUCCAUGCUCACCGGAGAGUCGUGGCCAGUGCGCAAGGGCCCCGGGGAUGCCGUGUACGCGGGAACUGUGAACGGCAGUGGUGCAGUCGUGGUGCGUUGCACAGCCAGCGACUCGGACUCGAUGCUGGAGAAGAUCAUCGAGCUGGUGAAACGGGCGCAAGAUUCGCGCGCCCCAAUCGAAGCUGUGGCCGACAAGGUCUCAGCUACAUUCGUGCCGGCCGUGCUCAUCGUCGCCGCAGUAAUCCCAGGCGACUGGGCAGACGGUGAAGGCAACGUGCUCUUCGCGCUGUUGUUUGGUCUUUCUGUGCUCGUGAUCUCAUGCCCGUGCGCAUUUGGCCUGGCGACACCGACCGUGGUGAUGAUGGCGACGAGCAUAGGGGCACAAAAGCUGGGCAUCCUGUACAAGGACGGCGGCGAGGCGUUGGAGGCGGCGCACAGGGUGCAAACCGUUCUCUUCGACAAAACGGGGACCUUGACAAUCGGAAAGCCUUCGUUUUCCGACCAUCCCCUUGCCCAGGCAAUUGCCUCGUACGCCGCGGCUCAAACUGCACAGAGCAUGGGCCUCAAGGACUCGCUGAAGGACUCACUCAAGGACUCGCUGAAGGACUCGCUCAAGGACUCGCCCACGCUCUCCUCGCACCAAGCCGUGGCCGGCAAGGGCGUGACGUGUCAGAUUCUCAACGGCUGGGAAGACAGCGGCAAGACAGUGGUACUCGCGUGCGUGCCGCGGCACGGCGUGGUAGCGUUCGGCAUCGAAGACGCGGUGCGCCCCGACAGCGCGGCCGUGAUCGCACAUCUACACGCGCGCGGCGUGCGGUGCGGGAUGGUGACGGGGGACAGUGCGGGCACAGCACGGGCGGUGGCGCAGCAAGUGGGGAUCGCGGACGAAGACGUGCACGCGCGCGCGCUGCCCGGCGACAAGGUGCGGGUGGUGGGGCGUGGCGGGGACGGAGUGGCGUUCGUCGGGGACGGGAUUAACGACGCCGGGGCGCUGGCGGCCGCAUGCGUGGGCGUCGCGAUGGGAAGCGGGAGUCAGCUCGCAGCAGACAAGGCCGGCAUCGUGGUGAUGCGCGACGGCCUGUGGGGCGUGGCCGUGGCACUGGACUUGGCUACGUGCGCCUUCCGCAGAAUACAGGUCAACUACUUGUGGGCGCUGGGAUUCAACAUGUUGGCCAUCCCACUCGCGGGCGGCGUUCUGUUUCCCGUCAUCGGACGGCGCAUCCCGCCGUUCGUCGCCGCCACCGCCAUGGCGCUCAGCUCGCUUGCCGUCGUCGCGUCGUCACUCGCCCUCAAGUUCUACGAGGCGCCCGUCUGCGACGCCCACCCCACGCUCACAGAGAUUGUGGUGGACGCGUGA